AAAAAAAAAGAGGACGACCAACUUUUUGUACAAAUCCUUUUGCCCAACCGCAGCCACCAUUUAAUUCGGGUUAACCCGAAGCGUCAACGAUGGGCCAAAUGCUCCGAAAACGUUCCAAGUUUUUAAACAAAACUAAGAAACGCUGCUUGGCCAUUUUAAUGUUUUUUUAACCCCAGAGAAUUGGUCUUUCUGAUACCUAAGGAGUACGGACUCCCCGAUUCCCAAAUAGAUUUAUGAGGUGUCAGUCAUUUAUUUGCCAUCUCACUGAAACAUUCAUAAAAAGCCCCCUGCAAAAACCAAAAAUUAAACCCCCCCCAAAAAAAAAAAAACAAUUUUUUUUAUAUAAGAAAUAAAUUUUAAGAAGAAACAAGAACCGUUGUACGGAUCACCUUAAUCAAAAUGGAAGUAAAUUGCUCGCUCUCUGUCCAUGAAAAGACAAAGUAGAUGAAUUUGGGGAUUGUUUUGGAUGUUUAACGGCGGAUUAUUCAAAUGGCAAUGGAAGAGUCAGGAGAGAGAUCGGAUUUGCGCAGAAUGCAAAGAGAGCAAGAAAGAGAACGACGUCGUAUACGGGACAGACAGAGAAGGCAAUCCAUGACCUUGGAACAGAGAGAGAGACACCUCGCUAGGCGUCGUCGAAACUAUCAGCUUAGAAGACUAAGAGCUGAGAGUUCUAGAUUGGGUUCUCAUUGUGCAGAUCCAAACAUAAUAGCAGAUGCAAAUGAAAUGGCAUUUAACAAUGAAUAUGACGCAAUAGAUUCAAACCCAGAAAGUGGUUUCCAUUCUGAUGGUGUUAAUCCCAUUGGAUUUAUUCAAGCAGAAGAACAAAAUGCCCAAGGUUUACAAUCUGUGGGUGUAGAGGCUCUAGCUCACAACAUCACAAGCAGGUUAAGGUUGAGUCACAUAAGACGUCUUGCGCGGUCUUUGAAUCAAUCCCGGGGUGAGGCUCUGGUCACUGGCAAUCAUCAAGUUGUAGCAGAGCCAAUGCAAAGGCAUCAGGCUAAUACUACUGGUUUGCAAGUUGGAGACUGUGAUCUGGUUAGAUCAACUGGUGGACUGCGGUUGAACCGUGUUAAACGUCUUGCACGGUCACAGAAUACUGGUACCGUUCAGACUAAUGGUCAGAGCCACCAACGUGAUAAAGAGACUAUGAGUGAUACAUUGGAGCAGAGUCUGCUCCAGGGUGAUACCCAAGUUAUAAACAGUGACAAAUCUAAACUUGGACGGCCUACCAGUGGCAGAGUUGAAGAUGAACUACCUAGUGUGGAUGGAUGAAAGGCUUCAAUUGGCUAAUGAAUUUUUCAGUUCACCACAGACAAGGAAUGAAUGUUUUGCUCAUUUCAACUGCUUUCUGACUGAAGACUAAUUGCAGGAUGGUGAAAGGCAACAGUUUGCCAAUGGCAUGUAGAAACUUGGUGAACAAGGCCUCAUGUAUUUAUAGAAAUUGAAUUACACGAUCAAUUUACAACUCAGCCGACGGAUUUGGACAGGAGUGGAGUAGCCAAAGCCUAAAGGACCUAGGGCCCACAAAAAGAAUUCUUAAUAUAUUUUACUUUUUUCUUGUAAUUUUUUUUUUCAAAAUAUUUUAUUUGUUAUAUACAACAAUUUAAUUUAUUGUUGGAAAUAUAAAACAUUUAAUCAAGGUGGUUAUAUCGUAA